AUGCUAUGUAUAAUUUCUGGCGGUUUCUUGUUGUUUGCAAAACUCAAAGUGAGCAGAGUCAUUUCUGCUAGAAGUCAUGGCUCGUUGAUUGAAAUGUGCCAUGAUGAACUAGCUAGUGCCUUCUGUGUAUCCACCAAUGCACUAAAAGUCCGAGAUCAUAGAAUAUUCAAACUACUGCUUUGCAACGUGGAAGCAGUUUGUUACGACUUCUCCAUAGUUCAAUGCAGUUGGUUCGUAAUUAUAAACGGACUAUACCAGGGCAAUUUGUGUGACGAGGACAUAGUUCUUGGAUAUGAUUUUUUAUCUUGAUGUUUGCGAAUCGUACACGAUAUGUGAGACUCAUGCCAUGGCAUCAUACACGAUCAAAGAGAUCUCCUCGUCCACAAGAACAGGAGAAAGGACUACAACAUGAUGAUAGAAAAGUAUGAUGAUCUUCAACAUCAUACUUCUCACACGAACUUCUACAAGCAUGGAAUGGAGAGACCAGUACGUCGAUUCUUAUGCAAGAAGUAUCUCUGACUGAGGAGAUGCGACUACGAAUUUUUUUUUUUUUUCACGGUUGUUCAACCAGUGGUCGUGUCAGG